UCCUGGAAACAAUGGAAAGGUAUUGGUGGGAUCGACUACGCACAGCAUGGUGACGUUGCCUAUGAAGGCAGGGAGCAGCCUGCAAAUGCAUGAGCUCCAGCCAACCUUUAUUCAAGAGAGAAUCCCUCCUCAGCCUGAGCUUCAUAUGGAGGAUAUGCAUCUUUUAUAUCAACAUGUAACUUUUCUUCAAUAGUCGAAAAGGAUGGAGCUACAAAUGGAAAACCAAAGCCAGUCUUUCAACAGCAACACUGUGAGGCUGCCAGCUAAACACAUACUGGGGAUGGGUGUAGAUAACUUUAUUUCUCUUCUGAUAUUUGGACUUAUUUUCAUCCUCGGUGUGCUUGGGAACACCAUGGUGAUCACGGUGCUGGCGUGCAGUAAACCGGGACAACCGAGGAGCACAACCAACAUCUUCAUCCUCAACCUGAGCGUGGCGGACCUGUCCUACCUCCUCUUCUGCGUCCCCUUCCAGUCCACCAUCUACAUGCUGCCCACAUGGGUGCUGGGAGCUUUCAUCUGCAAGUUCAUUCACUAUUUCUUCACCGUGUCCAUGCUGGUCAGUAUUUUCACUCUGUCGGCGAUGUCGGUGGACCGUUACGUGGCCAUCGUCCACGCCAGGAAAUCCUCUUCGAUUCGAGUGGGGAGGCAUGCCAUGCUCGGAGUGGUGCUGAUCUGGAUCCUGUCUCUGGUCAUGGCAGCUCCCGUGGCGCACUACCAGACCAUCGUGGAGAGGGAGGACAACAACACCUACUGCUGGGAGGUUUGGCCGGAUCACCAGAGGAAAGUCUACGUGAUGUGCACCUUUGUUUUCGGAUACCUCCUGCCUCUCACUUUGAUAUCUGUCUGCUACGCAAAGGUUUUAAACCAUCUGCACAAAAAGCUGAAGAAUGUCUCCAAAAAAUCCGAGCUCUCCAAAAAGAAGACUGCCCAGACAGUCCUGGUGGUGGUCGUGGUCUUCUGUCUGUCUUGGUUGCCUCACCACAUCGUCCACAUGUGGGUGGAGUUUGGCUCUUUCCCCCUGAACCAGGCCUCCUUCGUGUUCAGGAUGGUGGCUCACUGCUUGGCCUACAGCAACUCCUCCGUCAACCCCAUCAUCUAUGCUUUCCUGUCGGAGAACUUCAGGAAUUCCUACAAGCAGGUUUUCUGGUGCCGGAUGCCCAGCAAGUGUCCAGGGAACGACACCAGGGACCUCCGCAGCCGAGUGGAGACAGCACCGUCCACUAACAUCAGUGUGACUUACAAAGGUCAUGACUCUCAGAUCAGUAAAAUGCUUUGAUGCCUGAUGUUGAGAGCAUCUUCUGUGUUUUGUAUAGAGCCUGCCCGAUACUGGAUUUUUGAGGCCGAUACAUAUAUUGAUAUUUGAGAUUUUAAAGAUCCAAUACUGAUAUAUCGGCCGAUAUUUGUUAUAUACAUACUUUAAAUAACUGUGGUUGAAUUGAGCCACUAAUCACUGGUACAGAGCUCUAUCAAACUCAGUAACAGUACCUAUUACUAAGUGCCACCGCAUUUUAAACAUUUUAUCAAUAAGGUACUCCUGAUGGAGUUAGUCUAACUGUCAGGCAAGAUUGGCCAGUUUCCUACUCGAACAAGCCACUAGAGGAGAACAAACUCUGCAUCUGUGUGAGGUACAAUAUGUGGUCUAAUUCAGUAAGAAAGACGUCAGAUAAGAAUUUAGAUUUAUGUUCACACGUCCAUAAAUAGUCUUUUCAGAGCCCGACGGGUAAAUAAUCUGUUGAUAAUUUAGGCACAUGAAAUAACAUUUUGAAUAAAGUAAUAGUUCGAUAUUUUGGGAAACACACUUAUUUGCUUUUUUGCUGAAAAUUACAUGAUUCUAUUAUGAUUCGAUUUGAUCGACACCACUGUUACGUCUGUACAGCAGUCGGUUAGCUUAGCACAGAGACUGGAAACAGGGGCAGUAACUUAGUCUGGUUCUGUUCAAAGGUAACAAAAUCUACCACCUACCAGCACCUUUAAAGUUCACUUACCAACACAUCAUAUUUUGUUUAUUUAACCCUUACAAAACUGGCGUUUAAAAACGACAACUUGCCUUUUUAUGGGGGAUUAUGUGCCAGAUUUUUUCUUGGCUGAGACCAGGCACCAGACACACAGUUACUGCUCCUUACAUACACAGUAUAAAUGUAGUCAUCGAACUCUACGCAAGAAAGCCAAGAAGCCUAUUUUCCAAAAUGUCGAACCAUCAAGACUUUCCAAUUUGUACCAUCAAAUGAAUAAUUGUUGCUCACAAUUCGUGUCCCCAAAUGUUGAAAAAUAAACUUGUCAGUGCCCUCUAGUGGAAAAACAAUGUAAUAAUGUCACUUUUUCUAAAUGUCUGUACUGAAAUUCUUAUUGCCUGACAAAAACACAGAUACAGGACGAUUUUUAAAAACCACCGGUUAAGUUAAAUGCCAAUGAUUUUCAAAAAUAUAGCUUUCUACAAUAUUUGCACAUUUUUCUACAAUAUCUGCGCAUGAAUCAGUUUGGUUAUGUAAUAACACAGUUUGUGCCAUGAAGUCAUUUGAAACUUCAUUUUGAGAGGCACAGUUCGAAGUGGAAUGUAAUGUACUUAAAUUGAGCUCUUGGUGAGACACCAAGCAGCCAGUACGAAAUACUCCAUCUGUAAUGUGGUUUCUGGUCUCUGGCUGCAGAUUUUCCAAUGAAUUCCCAACCACUGAAGGUGAAACUGAGACAACAACAACAUGUUGAAGUAGCUUGUGAAAAGAAGCAGAUGCAGCCACAGCCAAGGUCAGAGUACAGGCAGUUAGACAUACAAACUAUCGCUUUCAGUUUCAAACCAAUGCAUUCAAUUUCUUUACCUUUCAUUCAGGUCUAUAUAACCCCACCUACAGUCACACAUGCUUCAAACCAAGUGUACGCUCUGAUUUUCCCCAUUCCUGUUCAUGGGUACCCCUGAUUUUGUGUUUGUACUCUUAAAGUUAAUGUCACUGUAAAAUGUUUUCACUUGUGCUGAUUUUGUUUUCUUAAUAUGAGCAAACAAAUGCAUAAAAGCCCAAAUAAAUAAGUGAACAAUAUGUUUGUGAAUAAAUGAAUUAUACAAAGAGAUGAAUAAAUAAUAUUACAAGCAAAUCAAUGAUUUACUCAUACAGCUGUAUGGUACAGUUUGUUCGGAUGUAGUCAGUUUUACUAGAGCAGUGUUGGGCUGGUUUAAGUAGAUUUCUGAUCGCACAGAUUACAUACAGUUUCCUGUUUAUCCCCAAGGCUGAAUUGGAUUAAGAUGACUUUUGCAAACAGGUAGUGCUGCAUGCUCCUCUCCGCAAUAUCCUCCAUCCCCUGGAGUCAUUGUUUUACCGAAAAGUGGAAGAGCCUAGCCUUUCAUAUUGCCUCAAAAAAAAAAGAGAGAGAAAAAGGGAUUUGCAUAUGAAUACUAGUAUUUUAUGCAUAGCAUGAGAGGAUGUAUGAAAUGAGAUUUACUGUAACGAAACAGUGCAGAUAAUGUUUGGUGAGGUGUCUCUUAUAUGCAGGUACACUACAUUGGUAGUCAGGUGUCAUUUUAAUAUUCUGUGUUUUGCUUAUGACAUCCUGCUGUUACUUCAAGCAGGCAAACGCUUGAAAUUACUUGUAAAUACUGUUCUUAUUACUGAAGAGGAAGCUGUGUUAUGAUGAGACUGUCAAGUCUAAAUUGAAGGUAAUUUAAACAGCAGGGUGGUCAGGUAUGCGUUGUUGCAUUCACAUAUACAGAGAGCUGUCAAAUCCUCAUCAAUGUCAAUAUCUAAAUAGCAGCAGUCGGGUUUUUGCUUACAGUAAACUGUUAAUACAGGCAGCAGAUACAUGACACAAAAAUCCCUUUAAUGGACGUUGGAUGUGUUGUUUUCUUGAAUUUAUGUGCCAGGAAUAUAAAUGUGUUUUUACUUAAAGAUAUUAAACAUAUAACUGACAAAACUUUUAUUGUUGUUUUGUUUUAACAAUAUACAGAGCAGAAAUAUAAUGUUACAUUUUUUUAUGAUGUUUUUUUCUGGUUUAUCUGAUGAAUUUAGCUUACAACUACAAUUUUAUGUCUUUAAAAACAGGAAAAUUUAGUUAGUUAGUACAUGUAGCCAAUAACCUCAUUACAAUAUGAGAUGAAAAUUCACGUUCUGCUCACUCAGUUUGCUUUUAAUAGUGUAAGUACAAUCAGCACUACAGAGAAACAGUACUUAAUGGUUAGUGGUUAGCUUGUAAUCAGGGCCUCUACUGAGACAUUAUUAAUCAGGCCUCACAUUUUCUUGCUGUAAAUUUUGGAAAUAAAAAUUGAAUCACCUGAAUCACCUGAAUGUCCUUGUGCUUUGCUAAGUUGAAUAUAACUGCAACAAUAAAAUAAAGAGCAUAAAAUAAAUAAAUGUACGAAUACAUAAAUAAAACUCCCAAUGCAUUCACAGUAAAUACAGGGCAAUCCCAAACUGAAAUGGCCCCUAUGUUUCAUAAUUUUGAGUCACAA